AUGGCCCGGCCGCUGCGGGCCGCCCGGCCGCCGGCGCCGCCUCCGCCGCCGCUGCUGCUGCUGCUGCUGCUGCUGGCCGCGGGUGAGUGCGGCCGGCCGGCGGGCCGCGCCGAGGGCCGGGCGGCGGCGGGGCGGGCGCCCUCGCGGGACAGCUCCCGCCGCAACAAAGGCCGCGCGGCGGCGGCGCGACGCGGGCGGGGCGGGGCGGGGCGCGGGGGUCCGGAGGGCGGCGACCCUCGCCUGGGCGGCCGGGCGCGGCCCGGGGGGCGCGGGACGCCGGAGCCGGCGCGGCCCGACGGGGCGCCCGCCCCGCGCCCGCGGCAGGUUCCCAGCACCGCCAUCAGGACAGACAAGGGCACACUCCCGGGGGGUCCCGGGGCCCUCUCCCCACGACACCCCUACCCCAGGGCGCGGGCCGGGGCCCUCUCCCCACACCCCUACCCCAGGGCGCGGCCCGGGGCCCUCUCCCCACACCCCUACCCCAGGGCGCGGCCCGGGGCCCUCUCCCCACGACACCCCUACCCCAGGGCGCGGGCCCCGGGCCCUCUCCCCACGCCACCCCUACCCCAGGGCGCGGGCCGGGGCCCUCUCCCCACGCCACCCCUACCCCAGGGAGCGUCCCGGGGCGACCGUGCGGCGGGGACCGAGGAGCCCGGCCCCGAGGGCCUCACGUCCACCUCGCUGCUGGACCUCCUGCUGCCCACCGGGCUGGAGCCGCUGGACUCCGAGGAGCCCAGCGAGGCCCUGGGCCUGGGGGCCGCCGGCUCGGGCUUCCCGGGCGAAGAGAGCGAGGAGUCGCGGAUCCUGCAGCCGCCGCAGUACUUCUGGGAGGAGGAGGAGGAGGUGCUGAACGGCUCCGCCCUGGACCUGGGCCCCACCGCAGACUACAUUUUCCCGGACCUGACGGAGAAGGCGGCCGCUCUGGAGGACCCCGACCCCGCCCCGGGGCCGCCCGACCUCCCCUCCGCCCUGCCCAAGAUGGGCCUGGCUGAGCCUUCCUGGCAUCUGCCCCCGGAGGAGGAGGAAGAAGAGGAGGAGGAGGAGGAGGAGGAGGAGGAGAGGGAGCAGGAAGAAGUGAAGGAGGAGGAGGAGCAGGAGGAGGAGCUGCUCCCCGUGAGCGGCUCCCAGGAAGAGGCCCCCAGGCCGGCCGGCGCCAUUUCCCCCAGCACCGCCAGCCCCAGUCAGGAGGAUUCUGAGGACCCGGCCGCCUCAGGCGUGGACGUGGGGAGCACUGUGCGGCCCGGCUCCGUGCCGUCCUCGGUCGCCCCAAGUUCAGGGACCCCGGAGGGUCAGGACGUCGGCAGCCUGGAGGCCCGGGGCCCGGCGCUGCCCACCGCCGGGCUGGCAGUAGAGCUCCAGGUGCCCCGGGAAGCGAGCACCCGGGCGGCGGCGGGGGCCACUGGGCGGGCUGGCGACCCGUCCCGGCCGUCCCCCACGAGAGCCCAGGCUCCCCACCAGGGCCCCCUCCACCCGAAGACUUCCGCCUCCUCCCCCCCCGCCCCCCAAGACGCGGGCCCUACAUCUUCCUCCACUACCUUGCGGCAAGGGGACCCCAGCCAGCCACCCUGGGAGGGGCAGGCCGCCCCGGCACCCUCCGGCGCGCCCUGGAACUCCGCCCAGGUGAUCUGCAAGGACUGGAGCAACCUGGCUGGGAAGAGCUACGUGGUUCUGAACAUGACCGAGAACAUAGACUGUGAGGUGUUCCGGCAGCACCGGGGCUGGCGGCUGCUGGCCCUGCUGGAGGAGGCGCUGCCCCGCCCCGGCAGCUGGCACGUCUCCCUGAGCAAGCCCAGCGAGAAGGAGCAGCAGCUUCUCAUGACGCUGGUGGGCGAGCAGGGGGUGGUGCCCACCCAGGACGUCCUCUCCAUGCUGGGCAGCGUCCGCCGGAGCCUGGAGGAGAUCGGCAUACAGAACUACUCCACCACCAGCAGCUGCCAGGCCAGGGCCGCCCAGGUGCGCGGCGACUACGGGACGCUCUUUGUGCUGCUGGUGAUCAUCGGCGUGGUCUGCUUCCUCGUCAUCGUGCUCGGCCUGCUCUACAACUGCUGGCAGCGCAGGCUGCCCAAGCCUCAAACACCUGCUGCCUCUCCGUCCCCGCAGUCCCAUGGCGAGGAGCUUCGCUUCGUGGAGAACGGCUGCCACGACAACCCCACGCUGGACGUGGCCAGCGACAGCCAGUCGGAGAUGCAGGAGAAGCAGCCCAGCCUCAACGGCGGCCCCGGGAGCUGGAGCGCGCUCAUGGGGGCCAAGCGCGACCCCGAGGACUCGGACGUGUUCGAGGAGGACACGCACCUGUGA